GGCAUAUGAAAAGAAGAUCACCGCGCAACAUACUCAUAGGUAAUCUAAACCAAGCAUGAGCCGUCCGCGAAGAAAAUGCGCGAGGUAUUCGUCCCCGCCCAAAUUGCACAUCAAUGAGCUGCCACAAGAGAUAAUGUACACCAUUUUUGACUAUCUCUGCAUUUAUUCGCUAAGAGAUGUCUCACUUACCUGCCGCUACUGGGAGCGUCUGAUUUCCGAAUACGGCGCUGCACGAUUUACCCUGCGCAUUGGUGAGUGGUCAGAUGAAGAUACGUGGUAUGCCGAUUGCAGUGCCCGUGCAAAGGUACACUUAACAGAAGCAGCCAAAAUGCUCGAUUGGACCAAGCGCCGCUACAGCAAGGUCAAUAUUGAUCUGCUGGGAAAACCGUUUGAAACGCAUCAAAUGAAUCUCGUGCUCAGCAAGCUACUAGUGCCGUCCUGGCUCGAGCAAUUGGUCGUACUAAGGGUCGGAUUGGGGAAACAUUUACAGACGUUCGCCGUAAAGAUAUCGAAGGCGGUGGUAAAGAUGGGAUGCCUGCAGGAGCUACACUUGGUUCAUCCAGCUAAUGGCUCCAAAUGUUUGCAUUCAUUUAAAGAGCUGAAGGUUGUUAAUCGUUCACUGCACAAGCUGGUGCUGCAUGUAAGUCUACCUGAGGUCAUCGACUGUCCCAAUCUUCGCGUGCUGGAUAUUGUUUCUUCACUGGAUGUGGAGACCAUCGUUGGUAAGCAGUACAUAGAGCACGGAGGCGAAGAACCCUACUGGAAGCUAAAGCAGUUGGAGGAGCUCAUGAUUUGGCAUCCUGAUGAUGAUGAUGAUGAUGAUGGUAGGAUGAUCUUUUCAUCACGUCUUUUAGAGCAAGCUACUAGUAUCGGUUCUAUCGAAAAGAUCGAAUUUUACCGGCAUUUGAAGCAGCUUAAGAAACUGUACUACCACGCUAGCAUCGCAUCGAGUGAGGUGCUGCAGGCCAUCUGCGAAUCAUGCGUUCAGCUGAAGGAUCUGCAUUUGAUGUACUUGGCUAGUAUCGGUCCGAAUCCGUUGCGCCACCUAUCGAACCUGAACAUGCUGCAACAGUUGAGCAUAUGCUGCAGUGCCGAUAUUCUAUCGUUCACAGGCGUUCGCUUGCCCCGGCUGGAGAGGCUUCUGUUGUACGACAUGAAAAUCGAUUGGCCAUCGUUGGCGGAGCUGACGUCGAUCAAGUGGCUAAAGAUCACACCCGAUCCAUCGAAGGUCGAUCAAAUAUGUGAUCUUCUCGCAGGACAGCUCAGCAGUCAGCUAAACUUUUUGUGGCUCGCUAUGGACUACGUGGAUGUUUACGCCUGCCUGCCCAAGCUGUCUGCUCUGAAAACGCUUGUGGUGGAAAAUGUUAAUCAGCAAUUUUCGAAAUAUCUGCCUCGCUUGCCCCAGCUGAGACGGUUGGUUAUUUUUCCAGGAUACAUGUCAAAAAUGACCUUGCCGCUUCGGCUUCCCAAACGGAUGGUUAAAUUGGAACUCAUGGAGCUCGGUUUUUAUGAAAUAUUUAUACGUGAUAUUAGCAAAUGCAUGAUGGAGGGUGAUUAUGCACGUCUGAGCCUACACUUCCGUGAGCAGAGGUCCAUUUUACUCAAAUAUUCCUAUAGAAAUGUAAGUUCCUUAAGGUAAAGAAAACAAAAACUUGCUUUUGUUGAUUUGUUUUACUUUGCCAUCCUACGUCACAACGUUUAUCGCACUAACGUUGGCAAUUAAAAUUAUUUCCGUUUUUUUUCUUGUGGGAGGUGGCUACUUGUCUGUUUUGAUAGAUUUUGGAAUUAAUACUGAUCUUAUUGUGGAAGGAUUAAUCUGUCAUCUAAAAUAGGAUUAAAGGAGUUCAGGGCACAUGCACAUCCACUCUUGAUGAACUAUAGGAAUGAAUAAAUGAUUUAUUAUAAACUUUUUCUAA